UUAAGCCUAUGGAGGAAUUAAAAGGGUUUUCUCUUAGAAAUGAGGAGGGAAGUGAAGAAGUCUGUAACCUGGUCAGUGGUGUCAGAAUGAAAAACCUGUCGCCCCCUGCAUCACUGAAAGAAAUCUCUCUGGUCCAGCUGGACAGCAUAAGCCUCUCCCACCAGAUGUUGGUGAGGUGCACUGCCAUCAUUGGCCUGACCUUCACCACGGAGCUGCUGUUUGAGGUUCUCCCUUGCUGGAACAUGAAGAUGAUGAUCAAGACCCUGGCCACCCUCGUGGAGCUGAACAUUUUUUACUUCUUCCCGAAUGGCAAGGACCUUCGACUGGCCCUGAAGCAAAAUGCCACCUCAUUUGAGGUUCACCAUUGGUCCUCGUCUCUGAGAGCCAGCGAGGAGAUGGGUGAGUCGCACCUGAAGUUAACCAUAUUUCCCCUUGGCCAAAGGUGCAUAGAUUCACAGGCUGAUCUGUGCUGGGUAGCGGUUUUAUCUCUUGCCUACUGCCUGGCUGGCAUGCCCUUCCUGUUCCCUCCAGCUCACAGAGAGGAGGAGGAGCUCCAAGAACUGGAGGGUGAGGUGAUUGAGUGCCACAUCAUUCGGCUCUCCCGGCCUAUAAUGCAGAAGACAGCUUAUGAGCUCUGGCUCAAGGACCAGAAGAAGGCCAUGCAUUUGAAGUGUGCCGGCUUUUUAGAGGAGAAUGCCCACAGGUGUGACCACUGCAGAAGUUGGGACUUCAACCUGUAUCACCACUUCAUGGUGGACAUCCUCCUCAACACCUUGGGCAUGAACACCAUUAAGAAGAUGACUAAGCCUCGGGGAAUCCAAGAUAAACCUCCUUCAUUCCUAAUGAACCCCAGCUAUUCCUGGGAACUCUGGAGACUAAGAUCUAGAAGCAGUGGAUCUGGACCCCAGGGACUUGGCUUGGGCACAGGGAGGCUGAGACCUCAGCAGCCUGUGGGGAAGGAGAAGGUGGGGACUGUCCACACAGUUCUGUCUACCAGAACCCGACUCACUGUGAGAUUGAUAGGGCUUAGGUUUGGGUAUCUGGGUUCUGGCCUCACCAGAGGCUUUUUGCAUUUAAACAGUCCCAAAGAAAUAAAAGAUACGAUCUUGGGGUUCUUUGACCUCAUUAUAACCAGGCUGAGGACAGUCGAGGAAGACAUCAUCUCCCUGGAGUCCUGCCAGUGUGAGGAGGUCCUGGAGAUUGUCAUCCUGCCUCUGGCCCAGCAUUUUGUGGCUCUGGGAGAAAACAACAAAGCCUUAUAUUACUUCCUGGAAAUUGCUGCCGCUUAUCUCAUCCUGGGCGAUAACUACAUGACAACGUGCAUGUCCCUUAUCCAGCGAGCUCCCACCCAGACUGGGCUGCCCACGGGGCCCGCAGGAGCCUGUUCGGAGCCUCGGCCUCACCCCCUUGCCCACGCCCUGCACCCUCCGCUCCGCAGGAAGAGGAGGCUGGCCCAGCUUUACCGGCAGACCGCCUGCUUCUCCCUGCUGUGGCGGAUCUACAACUCCAAUAACUUUUUCCACUACAAGUUCUACGGCCACCUGGCGGCUGUGAUGCAGGUGAACUCCGUGCUGGAGACACAGAACGACUUCCAGAUCAUUAAUGCUUACCUGGACUAUUCACUCUACCACCAGCUGACUGGCUGCCAGGGCAUGUGGUUCAAGUAUGAGUUGAUGGCCAUGGAGCAGAUCGUGAACCUCCUGCUGAAGGGCGAGGGAAUUGAGAUUGUGGCCCUCGUGGCUAGUCGACUGGCCCACAUCAAAUACAUAAUGGGCCACCUGUACCUGGCCAUUGAGUAAGGCUCUCGAGCCCAUAAGUUGUGGUCACUGCUUCGGAAUCCCAACAAACACUAUCUGGUCCUCUGCAGACUUUGUAAAUCGCUCUUCCUGAAAAGCAGAUACAAGCAGCUGAUCCAGGUGCUGGGGUGGCUGUGGGACCUUUCUGUGGUGGAAAAGCACAUCUUCAGCAAGGCAUUUUUCUAUUUUGUCUGCUUGGACAUCAUGCUCUAUUCUGGCUUUAUCUAUAGAACGUUUGAAGAAUGUGUGGGUUUCAUAUGCCAAAAUGAAAACAACAGAAAUCUCAAGUUCCAGAGUGGAAUCCUCCUGGGACUUUACUCCUGUGUUGCUAUCUGGUACACCAGGCUUCAGGAUUGGGAUGCAUUCCACACAUUUUCCAGCAGAGCCAAACACCUGGUGUCAAGGAGAAUCCCCACAGUUCUUUACUAUGAAGGAAUUGCCAGGUACCUGGAGGGACAAGUUCUCUAUCUGCAGAAGCAAAUUGAACAACAGCUGGAGAAUGCCCAGGACCGUGGGGUGGAGCUGCUCAAGAACCUGGAGAGUCUUGUGGCUCAGAACACUACUGGCCCAGUCUUCUACCCGCGACUCUACCACCUGAUGGCCUAUGUCUUCAUUCUGAUGGGAGAUGGGCAGAACUUCGACCUGUUCCUGAACAAAGCCUUGAGGCUCUCGGAAACACAGGUGAACAUGCUGGAGAAAUGCUGGCUGAAGAAGAGGAAGGUGUGGAGCCCCACUUGCAGGCUGCAAGGGGCUGCUCUCAGGAAGCCCCACAGGACAGCUUCUCAGUCAGGCUCUCCCCAGCAUGGGAGGCCCCUGUCUUGGUCCACUCGGGCUGCUGAGACAACACUGCAGCCUGCAUGGCUUAAAACAAUAGGAAUUUACUGCUCAUGGUCUGGGAGCUGCAGGUCCAAGAUCAAGGUGCCAGAUCUGGUGACUGCCAGGCCUGUUCUUCACCAAUGGUGCCCUUGGCUGCAUCCUCACAUGGUAGCUGUGCAGGGGGGAAGCUUGGCUCCCUCCUGCCCUGUCUAAGGGCUCUAAUUCCAUCCAUGAGGGCAGGGCCUUCAUGGCCUCAUUUCUCCCAAGGACCCUGCUCCCCAACACCAUCACCUGGGGUGAAGUUCCAACAUAGGGAUUGGGCCGUACUGCCCUUCUACCCCUGUGGCCAUCACAGCCUGUCUGGGAUCCCACACAAAGGGGCUGCAGGUCCAUGGAUCAGGCUUGUGACCUCCUUUUCCCCUUAUGUCCCUGUGGACUCUCCCUCACUCAAAUCCUGCUAGCAUGGCUCCACUCUGUCUUCCUUCCCUCUUCCACUCUGCAUUACAUUUGUUUCCCAACUUUGAA